AUGCAAUUCUUCAAAAUCGCCUUCCUCGCUACGAUCAGCGUCGUUUCUGCUAUUGCGAUCCCCGAACCUCAAGGUGGUGGUGGUUGCUCAGCAAGUCAAUACCAAUCAUGCUCUGAUAAUCUGUUUGCUCUAUCGCCGGAUGCCAGUGUAUAUAGUGCGGAGCAUUUGGCCAGUCAGCUUUUUGCACUAGUACCGGAUGCAACUGCUGCAUCCUCUUAUCGUACAACCCGUGCGCACGAUUAUGCGACGAUUCGUAUGCAUUUUGCGAUGGAUUGUGAAGCACGGAACUCUGUUGGAAAGGGAAACGAGACUUUAGCGCGGUAUCUUCCUGAGCUCCGUGUGAGCCCCCGCGCUCUCCUACUACGUCGCAGGCUAAUUCCAUUGCUUAGCACGUCGCCGUACCUUAUAAGAGGUCCCCAAGGUCCAAGCACUGCGUUUUGA